UUUUACAAACUUUGUUGGCCAUCCAUCAUAAUAAAAAGCCAUAAUACACAGGGCAUGCAUCUCACUCUUCAAUUUCUCAAUUAUAUUCCUUGCAAUGGAGUUCUUAAGACUUAUAAUUCAAUACCUCUUUCUUCUCAUUCUCUUCUCCACAACUUCCCUUUCUCUAACCCCACACAAAAUUCCUCGUCUCACUCCGUUCUACCGCACCAGACAGUAUCGGUUAUCUUCUUCUUCCGACAGGACUUCUGCUACCUCUGACUCUCUCCCUGCUCAAUUCAAAACCUAUUAUUACAACCAAACAUUGGAUCACUUCAAUUAUGGACCUCAAAGCUAUGCCACCUUCAAACAGAGAUACAUAGUCAACUCCAACUUCUGGGGUGGUGCCCAAUCCAACUCCCCUAUCUUCGUAUGGCUCGGCGCUGAAUCUUCAAUCGACUCUCAUCCUCUAGGCAUUGGAUUUCUCACCGAUAAUGCCCCUCGUUUUAAGGCUCUUCUUGUCUACAUAGAGCAUAGGUACUACGGGGAAUCAAUUCCAUUCGGAACCAUGAAAGAAGCUAUGAAGGAUGAGACUCGUGGCUAUUUCAACUCGGCUCAAGCUUUGGCUGAUUAUGCAGAGGUAUUGUUAUACAUAAAGAAGGAAUACUCGGCUCAAGAUUGCCCCAUCAUUGUUGUGGGAGGAUCAUAUGGAGGAAUGCUUGCUUCGUGGUUUCGGUUGAAGUAUCCACAUGUUUCACUGGGUGCCUUGGCUUCCUCAGCUCCCAUUCUCUACUUUGACGAUAUCACACCACAAAAUGGAUACUAUUCCAUAGUAACUAAAGAUUUUAGGGAAGUUAGCGAGAGUUGUUAUCAACUAUAAAAAAAUCAUGGUCCAUUAUUCACUAUAAAAAAAUCAUGGUCCAUUAUUGACAAAAUUGCUUCCCAGCCAAACGGCCUCUCCAUUCUCAGUAGCAAGUUCAAGCUCUGCCAGGCCUUAAACUCGUCGUGGGAGCUAAUGGAUUACUUGGAUGAUAUGUAUGUUGGCGCCGCUCAAUAUAACUCGCCACCGGAAUAUCCAGUGACGGUGGUGUGCGGCGGCAUAGAUGGCGCGCCCAAAGGGGCUGAUAUUCUUGACCGUAUACAUGCGGGUGUCGUCGCCAGAGUAGGGAAUCAACCUUGCUACAAUGUUUCCACUGAAGAGACGUCGGCGUCUCCCGGAGAGGAUGAUGAUAGUUGGGGAUGGAAUUGGCAAAGUUGUAGCGAAAUGGUGUUUCCGAUUGCGAGAGGCAACGACUCCAUGUUCGAUCCAGCUCCUUUCAAUCUGCACGAAUAUUCUCAGUUCUGCAUUGAUACCUAUGGCGUUCCACCUCGACCACACUGGGUUACAACCUAUUACGGAGGACAUGAUAUUAAAUUAGUUCUUCGGAAUUUUGGUAGCAACAUCAUUUUCUCCAACGGUCUGAGAGACCCAUAUAGCAUUGCUGGAGUUUUGGAAAACAUAUCGGAUACUAUACUUGCAGUUUAUACCCAAAAUGGGUCUCAUUGUCUGGACAUAAAUGGGGAAAGUGCUACGGAUCCGAAUUGGUUAACCAAGCAACGGAACAAGGAGAUUGAGAUAAUACAAGGUUGGAUAACCAAGUACUAUGCUGAUCUUCAAGCCCUUAAGAAGUAGAACAUAACAUUGUAUUGUUUUAAAGAACUAUAUAAUAUACAACAGUUAA